CACAGCUUUUGAAAGUUUAACAUCAAAUAAUUUUAAUCCAAAACUUCUAGUAAAAUCAGCCUAUAUCAACCAUUGAGUAAAUUAUACCGCCACACCCGACCAUGAGCAGGGUCAAGGUUUUGAUUGCUGGAGCCCGGGGGAGCGGGAAGACGUGCUGGCAUCAGUGUUCUAUAGCCCACCAGUUCCCUACCUACAUCCCCGUGUCUUUUCCACCACGAGUCAAAGACUUUUACAUCCAGGGUAGAAAGGUCGAGGUCCUGCUAGAGGUGGACGAUGGUCACGAGACUUGCCGCAGGUUUUCUUUGAGUGAUAGCCACGUCGUGGUCUACUGCGUGGACACAGAUCUGAGGGACGGGCAGUUGGAGCAGGAGCUGACCAUGUUUGCCACGUUUGGUCCAGUGGGUGCUGGCACGGACAAAGAUUGACAGCCGGCCACGGGGUCAAGGUCAACAUACAGGACCGAAAAAUUUCCAGGAAAUUGCAGACAGCUACGGUGUGGACUCCUACGUGGAGUGCUCAGCCCUCACACAGCUGGGCGUGAAAGAUGUCUUCACGGCUGCAGUACAGCUGGCUCUGGACCGGCUAGGUGUCGGCAACAGCUGGUUGAGGUACAUCAAGCUGGUCUCUGACAAGAUCAAGGGCAUGUUCUUCAACACUUAGGAAAUUUGAUGUUU